AGAUAUAAAAGUAUUUUUUAAAGUGUAGGAGACGAUUAAAAUGAUUUUGAGAACUUUCCUCGCACUUUUUUCUAUCACACAGAGAGGAAUACUGGGAGUACCUGUAGUGGAUGUCCUGAAAGCAGAACCAGAGCCCCCAGGCGUGGAUUUCUGUGUUCUUCCAACAGAAGUAAACUUUGGUGAUGGUGGUAGGGUUAAGUAUAUUCAGGAUUGUGAGAGCCUACAACUUUUCAAAAUCCCUAUACCUGCUGCUGGUAACCAGCAAGUUGGCAUCCAUCCAACAGUCUGUUGUCCCGCUAAGAAUCCUAAUUUUGAAACCGAUAUUUGUUUUCCAUCAGAUCCAUGGUGUCCGACAUACGUAGAGCCAGAGUACCCAGAAUACAACAAUGACCAAGAUUAUGAUACAGAAGAAGAAGAAGAAGAAGAAGGUAACAAGGACGAAAUUGUCGAUCAAGUGGAUGAGCGGCAAGACGAUUCUUCUGACAGAAGUCAACCAUCUAUUUCUGGAGAAAUCCUUGGAAGAGACUCUUUCUUCAGUGAAUCAGAAACCAACUGUGAAUUUCUUCCAAACACAACAUGUACUCCAAUCUCCAGCUGUAAUAUGAUGGAGAAGCUAGACCUGGAUCCAAUAACAUUAGGCCAGGAGGCUAUCUGUAGUUUUGAUCAAGCAACAGCUCAACUAAUGAUUUGCUGCCCCUCUGAGAAUCUCUUACAGAAACCUAAACUUCUGCCCCACCCGAGGUAUCCAGUUAACAAUAAACCACGUGACUGUGAAGACCUUACUAACCUGUGCAAGAGAUGGAGUGCUAAUGGUGCUUGUGCUUUAAACAAAACAUUUGAAACAAGUGAGAAAGAACCUUACCUAAACCCGAUCUUUAGCCGGACCAUGUUCGAAUUCAACUCAAAGGCUUGUAUGCAGUCAUGUAAUCUUUGUGGGACUAAGGGAUGUGUGGAUGAACAUGAAUUUUGUCCUAAAUGGACAAGGGAAGGCUUCUGUUUCCGCACCCCGUUCUUCAUGGCACACACUUGCAGAGAAAGCUGUGGAACAUGUGGAUUCUUGUCAACUUUGAGUACUGACAAGCAGAUUUAUAAAGGGAAAUCAUACUCAAGAAUUUCCGAUCCUGAUUUUGACUGUGGGAGGUAUAAAGGUUUUGAGUAUCUUAAAUCUAUUGGUCUGGAAGUAUCAGACGGAAGACCUGGAAUUGAUUUCAAUGUCACAGACAGUAAAGAAGGACAAGACGAGACCUUAAUUGUAGCAACCAAGGAAGUUUCUUCAAUAGUUGAUUUCAGAUCAGAGACUGAUGAUGAUGAUGAUGAGAUAAUAUUGGCAAAUGCACACGCAAAUGCUUCCACUUUCUGUUCAGCCUCCCUCAUUGCUGACAAGUGGAUGAUAACAGCUGCUCACUGUUUUAAAUUCGGCAAAGAUAUAGCGGAAAAACAACUUCAAGUAAUUCGAUCUUUGAUCCCAGCUCUAAAGGAAUUGGUUGAGGUAAAGCGGAUUUAUGUGCACCCUGAAUACAGGUUUCCAGAACUACACUCUGAUAUAGCUCUAAUAGAGCUUGGACGUCGUGUAGAGUUUAAACUAGAUGAGUUUGGAGAUACUCCAACCUGUCUAGAUAAAGGUUUAGAUCUACCUGGCAAACUUGUUACAGUUCAGGGAUAUGGAAUUACUUUGAAGGAUAAAGGAGGAACCUUACUGGAAACUAAUACUACUAUAAUAGCCAUGAAGGAUUGCGUUGAUAAAUUAGAUGCUCAUUUAAAGUUAAAACAGAGGGAUAAGGUGGUAUUUUGUAAAGCACUUCCUGAAGGAGUGUCUGAUGAACAACUGUGUGCUGUUGGAGUUGAUAAGUAUGAUGAUUUUUUGGGACACAGUGUUACCACAGCUGCUUGCAAAGGAGACAGUGGAGGUCCUAUUCUGUUAGAGGAUGAUGAAGGAAUAAGAAAUCUUGUGGGAUUAGUCAGUGGAUCAUUGUCUUGUUCUGGUAAAAUUCCUGAAUGGUACACCAGCAUACAAUAUCAUAGGACCUGGAUAUCUUGUAUCCUGGAUAGAUCUCCGGCUUUAAAGUUUAACCAGGCUAAGGUUGAAGAGGAGUGUAAAAGUGCUGGGAUAAGGAGGCCUAAUAAGCAUCGUAACAUUUGUGAAGAAUAAAAAUUUCUAAAAAAGUGUAAAACGAGAGGAUUAUGAUAAUAUUUUGUCUGUCAAUUAUUACAUUUGAUGCACAAAGAAUAAAGAUUUAGAUUUAGGUUUUAAA